UAAAAGUGAACAUAAAAGAGAAAGAGAGAGAGAAGAAAGACAUCAUGAAGAAUAUAAAAUCAAGGAGAGAGAAAGAGAGAGACGAAUUCUCUUUGUUUCUAAUCACUAGGUAAACCGUGAACUAACGUGUCUAAAAAACGUGUUAAGAGUAACCAAAACGGUAUAAGAAGAAGAAGAAGAAAAAGGAAGAAAAGGAAGAAAAAAAGAAAAGAAGAAGAAGAAAAAAAAAAGAAGCAAAAACUACGACGGUAAUGAUCGAGCCCGUAAAACUUUUCGUUAAAUUCCCUUUGAAUAACAAAAACAGAAACGCGAUCGAGAAAGCCUUAGUCGAGGUUUCACGGUAUCUUAGGAUCAUUCGUCAAAGGUUGCUUGAGUCGUACCGAUUGAAAGAAAUUACGAAAGAAUUAAAGAGUAAAGCGAUCUCGCGGGGUUUCGAACUAUACGACGAGGAAAAGUACAAAAGGAGGAAGAAAAGGAAAACGACGGAUCGUAGACGACGGUCGUAGAAAAUAAAAAACGAAAAUAGAAAAAGAAAGAAAGAUAAUAGAUCGAUCUAUAAUCCUGGAGAAAUUCGAAAUUCGUUUUUUCGUAGAAAAAAUUUUGAUAUUGAAAAUCUAAUUUUAAAAAAUGAAUUCCAACGUUUCGAACGUAUCGUCGUUGUUGGAUUAUGAGACAGGUUACGAGUGUGGUAAAAAAUGGGAUUCGUUUCGUUCGAAUUAUGCACAGAUACAUGGUUGGGCAAGCCUAUUCGUUUGCAUAUUUGGUUGCAUAGCGAACAGUUUGAACAUAGCGGUACUGACAAGACGUGAUAUGAGAUCACCGACCAACAUGAUAUUGACUGGUUUAGCCGUAGCUGAUUUAUUGGUGAUGAUAGAAUACGUGCCCUACGCUAUACACCUUUAUCUUUAUCGUCGUCCAAGAAGAGACACCUUUACAUACGGCUGGGCCGUAUUCGUUUUAUUCCAUUCGAAUUUCGGUCAGGUUUGUCAUACAAUUUCGAUAUGUUUAACCGUGACACUUGCUAUUUGGCGAUACAUAGCCGUGGCACAUCCACAAAAGAAUCACGAAUGGUGUAGCCACAGGAGAACUAUAAUAGCGAUUGUCGGUGCUUAUCUCUUCUGUCCGAUACUCUGUAUACCUUUGUACAUAACAACCGAGGUAAGGUCGUACGUUGAAAUAUUGGACAAAAAUGGAAUGAACGUUAACCUGACUAACAUUCAAGAUACUAAUUAUUGGAACUAUACGUUUAAUAAUACGACCAAUACGACUCUAUAUUUCGUCAAGUUGAAGGAAACUCCUAUGGUUAAUGGUAUGCUCAAUGAAAUGAACUUUUGGAUCUACAGCGUCGUUAUCAAAUUGAUACCGUGCAUGGCACUUACCAUAUUGAGUAUCAAAUUGGUCAUUGUAUUGCUCGAGGCCAAGGAACGUAGAAAGAAAUUAACUACGACCGCUUUAAAGACGAACGACGAGAGAUUAGCAGAAAGCUCCAACGAUCAAGCGAAAAUAAAAAAGAAAAAGGCCAAUAGAAACAUGGACAAGGAAAGGCAAACGGACAGAACUACGAUGAUGUUAUUAGCAGUUUUACUAUUGUUCUUGCUCACAGAAUUGCCCCAAGGUGUACUCGGUUUGCUCAGUGUCAUAUUGGGCUCGAGCUUCUUUCAUACGUGUUACGUUAUGUUAGGUGACGUAAUAGAUAUCCUAACACUGAUAAAUUCGGCGAUAAAUUUCAUCCUUUAUUGUACGAUGAGCCGUCAAUUUCGGACAACGUUCAAACAACUUUUCUGUAGCAAGUGGAGAAAUCUUGGUAGAUGGAUGCCUAUACCACAACAUCCAAUGGAUAAUAAUGGUAACACCGGUGUUACAAAUCAUACUGUGACACAAGUCACGCAGGUCUAGCAACGAAGAAGAAACCGUCAAACAUAUUGCUAUCCGUUCUGAUAUAAUCUAAUCAACGAUUUUCUUUGAGAAUUAAAUUCACGAAAAUUAACAGGUAAAAAAUAUAAUAUAUAUAUAUAUAUAUAUA